GUGCACUUUUAAACUUUCGUCUGGAAACUUCCCAUCGAGUUCUUAUAAUAAAUUAAACUUGGACCCGUCUCCCGACUCCCGAGACUUUCGUCCAUAUUUUCUUACUCGAUAAUUCAUUCGUUAAACAUUUGUUGAUUUAUACCGCCGUGUACAUACUUGAAUAGUCGGAUCGUUUGAUUUAGAAAGAAAAUAAACGAUCGAUUAUUUCGGUUUACGGGCAAACCUUGAUUUGUCACGACAACUUGUGCAAUUAUAGCAAUACCCGCUCAACCACGUCGUCGAAUAAGACAACCCGAAGUCCUUUGAAUGAUCGCAACUUGUCGCAUACGAAGGCUUCCGAGCUAGCUGGUCGGGCCGGAAGUCUCGACAAAAAAGAAUCAUAACACCAGCCGGCUGCCUGAACGGCGUUUCUCGCAGUCGGUGUGAGCAGGUCUUCGCCAUAAUACAAUCCUCCUCUGCAGGCUAGCGGUGGCCUUGUGCACCCUCUCUGCUACUAAUGGACUCUACUGAAGACUUACAACCUGACUCGCAACCUACUCAACCAGCCACACAGAAUGCCUUAGACCCCAGAAGGUUUGGGAAGCAAAACUCGGGCUUCUCCGAUGAAGAUAUAUCUGAUAUAGUCUGUCUAUUAUAUGCGAACUCCGACAGCGCCAGUAACGAAAUCCAGAACAUCGCAUCUUCGCUCGAAUACGCCCACCACACUACUAAGAGAUACACUGCCAAUGCCAUUGAUUCGGAUCGAUCUCGCGAAGACGAUGCGAAGCAAUUCAGUCUAACUCGAGGGAUUGGCGAUCAUGCUCUAGUCAUCAAAUUGUCGUCUAGCCUCAAGAAUCCACGUCUAGGCUUCACAUUUGGUCGCAACCGAGCCCGAUGUGAUCUCUGUUUCGAGAAUGAUCCAGGCAGGAGGCUUAGUAACAUUCAUUUUCGCAUAUUUGUCAAUAAGUACGGUAUUGUUAUGUUAGAAGACCAAUCCACGAACGGCACCGUCGUCGAUGACAAAUUGUUGCGAAAGAAGAGUGAUCCUCAAAAAGGCCAAUGCUCUGCCACCAGAAGGACGCUAGAGAGCGGUUCUACAGUCAAAAUCGUCAUGCACGACAGUAUGAGUGAUCUUAUCUUCCUCGUCCGGAUACCUCGUCGUGAUGGCGAUCACGAAAUCGCGUAUCGGAGAAAGCUCGGUGCCUAUUUACGACGAACUCAGGGGCAUGAUAUAAACAAGACUAUUGGUCCUGGACCGAGCGGUCAUGUUAAUCUCUUUCACGUACCUAAUGACGACCGAUGGGAGACUACGCAAGAAGCCCCCCCUGAGCGCCUACCCCGAGAGUGGCGCGGAGGCGAAAAAUAUGCCCGCGUAGGCGUGAUCGGGAAGGGAGCUUUCGCAACAGUUCACAAGGUCACUUCGAAAUAUGACGGUUCGCCAUAUGCGGCUAAAGAACUGGAUAAGCGUAAGUUCAUGAAGAAUGGUGUUCUGGACCAGAAAGUCGAAAAUGAGAUGAGGAUCAUGCAAAAGGUCAAGCACGCCAACAUUGUCCAAUACAUCGAGCACUUCGAUUGGGACAUACACCAGUUCUUCAUUAUCAUGGAAUAUGUUCCCGGCGGCGAUCUUGGCAAGCUCAUUCAAGAGCACGGCCCAAUAGCGGAACCUUACGUUAAGAUUAUGGCCGAGCAGCUACUUGAUGCGCUUAAGUAUCUACAUGAAAACAAGAUUACCCACCGCGAUGUAAAGCCCGAUAACAUCUUAAUACAGUCGACAAACCCGCUCGUGGUCAAAUUAACUGAUUUUGGCUUGUCUAAAAUGAUCGAUACCGAGCAAACUUUUCUCAAGACGUUCUGCGGGACUCUUCUAUAUUGUGCGCCUGAAGUAUACAGCGAGUAUUCGUCCUAUGAUUACAGCGGCAAGAGAACCCAGAGAUAUGGCCAGAGGCAGCUGGAUAGGGAGAGGUAUGAUCAUGCGGUGGAUAUUUGGUCGCUUGGCGGUGUCUUGUUCUAUUCUCUCACUGGCAGCCCGCCUUUCCCUGUUAAGAAUGGGGUCACAUAUACGGAGCUGCUCAACCACAUCAUCAAGACGCCAGUUAAUACCUCGCCUUUAUCACGAUACAAUGUAUCGGGCAAUGGCAUCCAUUUCAUAUCGAGAAUGAUUAAUGUUCGGCCGGAAACCAGAGCGUCGAUCUCAGAACUCCUGGCUCAUCCGUGGUUAACAGGUGAAAUGGAUUCUUUAGAAGCUUCCGACGAUAAGGACUUAGGACAGAGAGCAUCGCAACUCAGUCUCGAUGAUAGGCAACUAGCUCAAUUCGCCGGCGAAGGUGCGAGUUCUCUUCAGGGACCGGAGCCUGGUUUUUCAAUCGAUUUCGAAUCGGAAAAAGAGAAUUAUACCUUUGGGCAGACUCGGCCGAACAGACUAUUUGGGGAGGUGUCGGCAGUCGGUAGCUCCGGCGUUAUUCCAGAGAACCGCCUGAAUCUCCCGGUCUCGGAUACGAGCUUAGGAGAGACUGACGUAUUAGAGACCGAAAUCCUGGAUAGUUUUGGCGAAUCAGACGAUCUCUCUACACCAAGGCAGAAGCCCCGUGCCAACAAUGGCAUUCCGUCUGCUGACGGAGAACUUCCGCAGAACGUGAUACUAGGAGAGCGCUCACAGAGUCUUGGCGGCGCUUCGUCUAUACUUGAAAAUCUGAACGUCAAGUCUCUUGCCACCGGUAACCUAAAUCUUCAGCCCGGGACCAGCGACCUCAAUACAAGUAAAAGGAAACCGACUUACGAUACUAGCGACGAAUAUGAAGAGGGUCCGAGCAAGGCCAAGCCGUCGUUCAAAAGACUCAAAUCGCAGAGUGGCAUCGAUGAUUUCAACGACGAGGAAGAUGAGGUCCGUCUACUCGCUAGCGUUCCACGGAUCGUGAAGAACGAUUCGGGUCGUCAAAUCGACUAUCCGCUUCCUAAAACGACAUUUUGGGAUAGUUCAAACAAGAACACAUGGCAUUUAGAUUAUCCCGAAAUGACCCAUUUACAGUACAACGCAUUUGAACAGGCUGCGGAGAAAAGGAAGGAGGAAUUUGGCCCGGGAAAAUCACGCCUUUGGGACCUAGCGAUGAACAAUUUCCCGCCUACAAGGAAUCGGCGUCCAGUCGGAGAAAUAGGAAAGGCACUUGCACUACGGCCAGCCUUGCUUAAACGUGAUAACCGGUUAGUUAAGGGGGCCCGCGAUUUCGAGACGCCCAACAAGGUUUCGCCUGCCAUCGAAGACGAGUCCGAAUCGAUCACAGAUAGUCUAGCGCCCGAAUCCCAUCAAUCUACACAAGCCACUGAGCAAUCGAAGAUAGUUGCUACUUUUUACUCGGGCCAGGAGUCAUCGGUACCAGGAAUAGCCAUCCGCCUUAAUGACCCCAUAAUUUCGUGGGGACGGGAUCCUAAUAACACCGUUGUUUAUGAGCCGGUCAAAGAAUCCAAAGUUCCCAAAAAUGCAUUCAGGGUUAUGCUCUGGAGAGACGGUUAUACUGCUUCUUUCAGCGAAUUCCGUCCGUGGGAGCCUGCUCGGUCUACGGCUAGCCGCACUAUACGAGCCGAACCGACACCAAGCUCAUAUGCGUUCUACAUAUCGACCAAGGCCACCGUUGGGAUACGGAUCAAUAACACCCCUCUAGAAGCUAAUGAACCAAAGAAUAGCACGGCAGCCUGCAAGUACUGGAUGAAGCUGUAUCAUGGAGACACGAUAGUCUUCUGGGGAGCAGAAGACACGCCCAACCAAGCAACACUGACGUUUAAGUGUUAUUGGGGCGGAUCCUCGGUGGAGAGGCCGUUAGAUGAGCCCCCAUCCUACGUGUCGGAAGCGCAGGCCCGCAGACUUGAUCGCCUCUGGCCGAAAGCCACGAAUACGCUUCACUUCGAUAAGAUUAAGGCUGAGGCGCAGCGCGACCAGCAAUCCAGGAUGGCGCGCAUGGACGAAGAAUUAGAACGCAGCCGAGUCUUCGAAGCGAAACGUGCGAAAGCAGUUACGGCACUCGCUUAUCGUGCUUCUCGCCGAGCUUCGCCAGCCACCGCACCCCCAAUAUCAGGAAGAGCGGUCCCUCAGCUCCGACAUAAUUUAGCAUCGCUUCCGUACACUAACUGACAGAACCGGCAGGCUUUCGGUGAGACGGUGCCGAGGUUUCCCAUUAUUCUCCACGGUGUACUACUCCCGGAAGACAAGAGUUGGGUUUCAAGAUCGAUGCAAGUCAUAUCCGUGCAUGUCGGCGUGCUCUUAGGAAGGUCAAAUUCGAAUAUAGAGAAUACCAUGUUUGCGCACCUUGGUAAGGAAGGGCGGAGGUGUGGAAAAGAAGGAACCAAGUGAUGCGUUCUUAUCUCUAUAUUUUUACAUCUAUGCCUUGGUAGUAGUCUGGAAUUGGAAGAGUAGGUAGAUAAUAAUACCCGGCUUUACAGAUGAUGCUGAAGAGAUAAGGGACACGAUGUAUCAUAGUCCACGGAUGUCUUUUGAGAAGUUUAGGAAGGGGGGAGGGGAAUAUCCCAGUGUCAAAUUAUAGGGGUCGGUCAGUAUCAAGAGGGUAAAUAGGUAUCGUCCAACGUAAUUCAUUGGUAUGCUAAUAGAUCGUGUGCUACCCCCCCUA